AAUUAGCGGUGAUUAGUACAGGCAUACUAUUUAUUCAAGCCGAGCAAUGAACUAAAUAUGAGAAUAGUUCUAAGAUUAAAAGAAAGAAUGAGAAGAAGAUACUUUAUUUUUUCCCUAGGAUUAGCUCUGGUAAUACUAGUUUAUCUGAAUGUAAGAACAACUGAUGAGCUUUAUUGCAAGGAAAAGUUUGGUGUCCAUAGCGAAUCAUCACAUAUUAAUUACUCUGAAACGAGCUAUGUCUCGGGAAAUCUCGGUGAAAGGUUGUUUUCUGAGCGUAGACAAAAAAUCGAAGAAAGAUGUGAUAACAUAUCUCAUAUAGGAAAGACCACAGAUUUUGCAAUUAAAAGUCAUCUUAUCAUCGACAAGAAAUACAAGCUAGUUUACUGCUUUGUUGAAAAGAACGGCUGUACGUUUUGGAAGAGAGUGUUUCAAAUACUGAAUGGCUUUAAAAAUGUUUCGGAUCCGUUUGAUACACAAGCUAUGGAUGCAUAUGGUGGUAACCAAACUGCUGAAAACAUGCCUUUUGAUACAAUUCACAAAGCUCUUAUUUCUUCAACAAAGUUUAUGUUUGUCCGUGAUCCUUACGAGCGUCUGCUGUCAGGAUACGUGGACAAACUGUUUUUACCUUACGCGCCAUAUUGGUUUGACUUAGGAAGGUUCAUAGUCGACAAAUUCAGACGAAACAGCACGUCUGGAGCAUUAUCCUGUGGCGAUGACGUCACAUUUGAAGAAUUCAUCCGAUAUUAUAUAUACUCUUUGAAAACCGGUAUCAGAUCAGAUGUUCACUUUUCUUCAAAUUACAAAUUCUGUAGACCAUGUGAAAUUAAAUACGACUAUGUUGCGAAAAUGGAAAAUUUCAAAGACGAAACUCUGUUUUUAUUGGAAAAACUUAAUCUGUCAAAAACAAUAAAAAUUAAGGAUUUCGACUCAGAAACGGAGCGUGAUGGUAUUUUUAACGCCGUCGAUUGGGGUUUUCAUGUUGAUAAAAAUGUUGAUAACUGCACAACAAAAGACAAAGCCCUAUACAAGACAUACAAAAAGUUGCAAAUAAGGGGAAUCAUAAGCAAGGAUAUACCAUACCCUUUUUCAAAUGUAUCGAAAAUUGAUAUUGAUGAGUAUAAGAAAUCAUUGCUAAAAGCUAACGCCGACCCCGGACCUCGAGAGAAACGCAAAUUAAAUAGAAAUGAAGCAUUUUUAGAAGCGUAUAAUUCUCUUCCACGAGAUUUAUUUCAAGAAUUACAAAACAUAUUAAGUGUUGAUGCAGCGUUAUUCGGAUAUGAAUCAAAUCCUGAAAUAUUUAUUUAUAAAUCAAAACCCACGAAGUAUCAGUAUUUCAACACAAACAGGAGAAAGUAACACAUCUAAAUGAA